AUGCUUCUCCUUAAAUAUGCAACAGGAGAGCAAAUUUUUUUCUUUUUCUUUUAUGACCUUAAUUUGAUUCAAAUACAAUUCUUUUUUUUUUCCCACCGGUCCUUUUUGUUAUUUAUCCCCACGAUUCUUUUCCUAUUUAUUCCCCACCGAUUUCUUUGUCAUUUACCCCCCCCAGCAGUUCCUUUGUCAUUUAUCCCCCUCCAGCAGUUCCUUUGUCUUUAUCUCCCAUCCAGCAGUUCCCCUCCCCCUCAGCAGUUCCUUUGUCAUUUAUCUCCCCCCUCCAGCAGUUCCUUUGUCAUUUAUCUCCACUCCAGCAGUUCCUUUGUCAUUUAUCUCCCCCACUCCAGCAGUUCCUUUGUCAUUUUUAUCAGUUCCCCCCCCUCCAGCAGUUCCUUUGUCAUUUAUCUCCCCCCACUCCAGCAGUUCCUUUGUCAUUUAUCUCCCCCCACUCCAGCAGUUCCUUUGUCAUUUUCCCCCCACUCUCCCCCCACUCCAGCAGUUCCUUUGUCAUUUAUCUCCCCCUCCAGCAGUUCCUUUGUCAUUUAUCUUCCAGCAGUUCCUUUGUCAUUUAUCUCCCCCCCUCCAGCAGUUCCUUUGUCAUUUAUCUCCCCCCCUCCAGCAGUUCCUUUGUCAUUUAUCUCCCCCUCCAGCAGUUCCUUUGUCAUCAGCAGUUCCUUUGUCAUUUAUCCCCCUCCAGCAGUUCCUUUGUCAUUUAUCUCCCCCUCCAGCAGUUCCUUUGUCAUUUAUCUCCCCCUCCAGCAGUUCCUUUGUCAUUUAUCUCCCCCUCCAGCAGUUCCUUUGUCAUUUAUCUCCCCCUCCAGCAGUUCCUUUGUCAUUUAUCUCCACUCCAGCAGUUCCUUUGUCAUUUAUCUCCCCCCCUCCAGCAGUUCCUUUGUCUUUUCUCCCCCCCAGCAGUUCCUUUGUCAUUUAUCUCCCCCCCACUCCAGCAGUUCCUUUGUCAUUUAUCUCCCCCCUCCAGCAGUUCCUUUGUCAUUUAUCUCCCCCCCCUCCCAGUUCCUUUGUCAUUUAUCUCCCCUCCAGCAGUUCCUUUGUCAUUUAUCUCCCCCCCUCCAGCAGUUCCUUUGUCAUUUAUCUCCCCCCCCUCCAGCAGUUCCUUUGUCAUUUAUCUCCCUUCCAGCAGUUCCUUUGUAUCUCCCUCCAAUCCAGCAGUUCCUUUGUCAUUUAUCUCCCCCAGCAGUUCCUUUGUCAUUUAUCUCCCCCCAGGUUCCAGCAGUUCCUUUGUCAUUUAUCUCCCCCCUCCAGCAGUUCCUUUGUCAUUUAUCUCCUCCAGCAGUUCCUUUGUCUUUUAUCUCCCCCUCCAGCAGUUCCUUUGUCAUUUAUUUAGUUCCCCCCCCCUCCAGCAGUUCCUUUGUCAUUUAUCUCCCCCCCCCCCAAAUUCCUUUGUCUUUUAGCGGUUCCUUUGUCAUUCCCCCCCCCCCAGCGUUCCUUUGUCAUUUGUCAUUUCAUUUGUCAUUUAUCUCCCCCUCCAGCGGUUCAUUUGUCAUUUAUCCCCCACCUCCCUGUUUGUUUCUCUCUCUCUCUCUCUCUCUCUCUGUUUGUUUCUCUCUCUCUCUUUGUUUCUCUGUCUCUCUCUGUCUCUGUUUCUCUCUCUCUGUCUCUGUUUGA